AUGUCUCAUAGCGACAAAAAUGAUUUAGAGGGUCUUAAUCCAGAUGCUGCAGAGCUGGCUGCCUUGGGUUAUAAACAGGAAUUUAAGCGUGAAUUCUCUUCAUUAAGUUCGUUUUGCGUUUCCUUUUCCGUUCUUGGUUUGCUGCCCUCUUUCGCUUCUACCAUGUAUUACACAGCAGGCUACGCCGGCACUCCUGCCAUGGUAUGGGGCUGGCUCAUUGCAAUGGUUUUCGUUCAAUGCGUCGCUUAUGGUAUGGCAGAGCUUUGUUCUUCCAUGCCUACUUCUGGUGGUUUGUAUUACGCUGCCGCAAAGUUGGCUCCUAGACGCUGGGGCCCUUUGGCUGCUUGGCUUACUGGCUGGUCCAAUUAUUUCGUUCAAGUCACAGCUGCUCCUAGUGUCGCUUACUCCUUCUCGGGAAUGGUUCUUUCUCUUAUUCAGAUCAAAAAUCCUAGUUAUACCCCUCAAAACUACCAAACGUUUUUAUUAGCAUGUUCUGCUAUGAUGGUCAUGACUUUGGUUUCCUGCCUUCCAACAAAGGUUAUCGCCCAUUUUAAUACUUGCGGUACAGUCAUCAACAUGGUCUUCCUUGGCAUUGUCAUGAUUACCCUUUUGGCCGUCGCUGGCAAAAACCAUGCCUUCAAUAGCAGUCAUAAAGUAUGGACAAACUUUGAAAACCAAACCGAUUGGAGCGAUGGGUUAGCCCUUUUGAUGUCUUUUGCCGGUGUCAUCUGGACAAUGUCUGGUUACGAUUCUCCUUUUCAUUUAAGUGAGGAAUGCUCCAAUGCUAGCGUUGCCGCUCCAAGAGCUAUCGUCAUGACCUCGGCUUUUGGUGGUGUUGUUGGCUGGCUUCUAAACCUCAUCAUUGCAUAUACCGUUGUCGAUGUUUCACAAGUUAUGAACGACGGUUUAGGUCAACCCUAUGUCGUCUAUCUUCAACAAGUCUGUGACUACAAAACUACUGUCGCUUUGACUGCCCUCACGGUCGUUUGUAGUUUUAUGAUGGGUCAAGGUUGCAUGGUUGCUGCCUCUCGUGUUACUUAUUCUUAUGCCAGAGAUGGCGUCUUCCCCUUUUCCGAUUACCUCGCUCAUGUCGACGUUCGCACAAAGACUCCCAACCGAUGUACCUGGAUGAAUACUAUUGCCGGUAUGCUACUGCUACUCUUAAUUUUUGCUGGCGAUGUAGCCAUCAGUGCCAUUUUUUCUGUCGGUGCUAUUGCCGCCUUUGUUGCUUUUACGAUUCCUAUUUUCAUCAAAAUCACGUGCGUCUCUGAUCUCGAUUUUCAAAGAGGCCCUUUUCAUUUGGGUCGCUUUUCAAAGCCCAUUGGUUACGCCUCCUGUGCGUUCGUCCUGCUUAUGCUUCCCAUCUUGUGUUUCCCAGAAACCAAAGGAAAGAAUUUAAAUGCACAAGGUAUGAACUGGACAUGCGUUGUAUAUGGAGGCCCUAUGUUUGCUAUUAUCGUUUGGUGGAUUGUAUCCGCCCACAAAUGGUUCACUGGCCCUUGUCUUACAUAUGUUCCAGAUACAUCUGUCAGUUCAGAUGUUAUUUUGGAGGGCGUAUCCAAGCCUGACGACGAUGAAGCCAGUGUUUCCAUUACAAAGAAAAAGUAG